GACCUUCAGUAGUUUGUUUGUCGUCCCUGGAGCACCAAAACCAGACACCACACCUGGAUUUACUUCCCUCGACGAAUUACGAAAUAAAAUGAGUGGAGCACCCACGAGGGUGAUUCAACUCGCAAAGGAAAAAAGCCAAAAGUUCUUUGCCUCGGAAUCGGAAAAGUUUUCUUAUAAAAUCGACAAAUUUCUUACUGUGUACCAAGGUUAUAACCAAAUUAAACCGAGGGUGUUUCCCAAACGGCUGACCACCAUGUUUUCGAAGGAUGUAGUUGCUACGGAAGACAAACGGGAUUACUUUAGCAGCCCACCAUCAUCUACCUCUUCGCUGAGGAGACACCAACGCGAGAGGGGCCUAAGGGAAGGAGAUGUCGACACCAGUAGCAAAAUUCGAAUCGUUCUUCCAGCACCCCAAUCAGAAACCAAUCGGUCAACUUCGACACCUACCAUCACCUUAAGAUCGUUAGUUACACCACGCACAAGAAGGGCAGUCCACGCCGCUGCCGGACCAAAAACUCCUUCCAAAGUAAUGCUCACCAAUCCGGAGAGGGGAAAUGAAGCCAUAUUGUGCCCCAGUGUAAUGUUAACCUAUCAGGAGGGAUUGUUCCGCAAGGAUCGGGACAUGGUCCGAAACGACAUUGACGUGUAACUCAUGCAGUUGUCUUGGAUAAAUACCUAAUUUAAGUGAAAUAAAUGUUAAUGUGUAAAGUCUCAUCAUCAUUCGCAUUCACUCUUCAAAACCGAGAAAAUCCUGAAAAGCUCAGCGCGGAAAAAUAACUCAUCAAACCAGCAAUGACACUAAUUCGAUUUUCUCAACAUUUUGCGCGCCACGAUGAAUGAAGAAUGUUAAAAUCUUCCCCUUGCACCAGCCGCAUUAACAGACUCUCGAUGAUAGGAAAAAUAUGACGCUGAUGAACCAAUCCUCUAUGAUAAAUAUAAAAGCAGCUGAAUGAGCUUUUGAACCAACCAGUCAUCUUCUGGGACUGCUCCUGGGCCCACAGACAAUCUUCCAACAGUUCCGAUAUCCCACCAGGAUGGCUCGCCUAACGUUAUCAAUCCUAAUUUCGCUCACCAUCUACUUCACGUACCAGGCCGUGGCCAGUGAAGCUCUUUCGACCAGUGGUGUUAGAAGCAGCAGUAAUUCACAAUCCACCAGGAGUUCGGAGGCAAUGGAAAGUCUUCUGGGUCGAGAUGAUGGACUGAACAAAUUGCAAAGUGUGUGGUUCAAGAAUGUUUACAGUCGAAGAUCUGCUGGGCCCGUUGGUCCGGGCCAUAUCGGAACGUACACCGUACUGCAGAGGUCUCCAGCCGGGGGUUCGAAACUACCCCUAGCUUACGUGGCCGACAUCAACUUCAUCGACGACGAGGACAUCGAAAAGCGGUUCGACGAUUACGGCCACAUGCGCUUCGGAAAACGUGGGGGUGGUGGCGAAGGGGAACAGUUCGACGACUACGGCCACAUGAGAUUCGGAAGACGGUAAAUCUUCGCGCGGAUCCGAUAGAUGAGUGUUGGUUCGUCAUCGACCUUCAACUCGUCUUAUUGUGCAACUCUUGGCGUGGCGGCUGGUGACUUCUCUUCGUUUUGGGUUUUAUAGGUGCAAAAUGAGCAAAUUACAGAACCAUUGUGUGUGUGGAUACAACUGAAUAAAAUGUGAACAAAAACAA